ACCCCUUCUUCUCUCCCAUUCCUCCUCUCGUCCAGGUCAGAAGGCUACCCCCAAAUCCCCAGCCUCCAGAUCCACCCGCCGCCGCCGGCCACCACCGUCGCUUCCCGUCCCCGCCAGCCAGGAUGACAACAGAGGCACCAUUUUACCCACGUGAGAAGAUUGUGCAGCAGCAGCAGUAUUUCCAGAAGUUGAGCAAGCAUACCCACCUCAAAGGGCGUUACGACGUGAUCACCUCUGUUGCCAUUCCCCUUGCGCUUGCUGGCACCAGCUUGUUCAUGAUUGGUCGUGGUAUCUACAACAUGUCCCACGGUAUUGGGAAAAAGUUGUGAAGUUCUGUGGGCUUGCUAGUUAUCCCAGUACGAGGCAUGGAAGCGAUACCGUCCAAGCUAUUACGUCUUCUUUGUUUGCAAAUAAUUAUUGUCAAAGAACGAGGGUCCAUUUCCAGUUCUCUUUUGUUGGUGUUUGUGGAUAUUCCAUGUCAGCAAAUUGAUGCUACACUGGCAAUGAUGAUGCUAUAACAUCGGCAUUGUUACCUUUUCA